GACAGUAAAAAGGGAAGCAGAGCGCGAGCUUGCACAGCCGUUCUAAGCCGAGAUAAAGCGGACCAGUCAACACAAAGAGAAGACGGAAUAUAGAAGAGGGGAAAUUGUUUCUUUUCUCAACCAAUUUGCUUUACGAAGUAUGGUGACAGCACUGGAAAUGAAGCACUAAGUCAUCGCCCAAGGACUGCAAACAGGUCACUAUCAGCUUGUUAAGCCCUGAUCAUUGGCUGCUCAAUUAAGCUCCACUUUCUGCCAGCUGUGCACUCCUGCUGUUGAGGCUUUGGUAUGAGCUUAUUCGGAAGGAAAGCGCUGACGUUGCUGAGCAGCGUGUUCGCUGUUUGCGGCCUCGGCCUGUUGGGGAUCGCCGUGAGCACAGACUACUGGCUCUACCUAGAGGAGGGGGUCAUCCUUCCUCUCAACCAGAGCAUGGAGAUGCGCAUGUCCCUUCACUCUGGUCUCUGGAGGGUUUGUUUCCUAGCUGGGGAAGAGAAAGGCCGGUGUUUUACCAUUGAGUAUGUGAUGCCAACAAAUGUCCAAAUAACAUCGGAGUCUACUGUUAGUGUACUCAAGAUGAUCCGCUCUGCUACACCCUUUCCUCUGGUCAGCCUCUUCUUCAUGUUCAUUGGUUUUGUACUCAGUAACAUCGGCCAUAUUCGACCACAUCGUACUAUCCUGGCUUUCGUGUCUGGAAUCUUCUUCAUCCUUUCAGGUCUUUCUCUGGUCGUUGGCCUGGUUUUGUACAUCUCAAACAUUAAUGAUGAAAUGCUGAACAGGACCAAGUCCAAUGAGGCUUACUUCAGCUACAAAUACGGCUGGUCCUUUGCAUUUGCUGCCAUCUCCUUCCUGCUCACUGAGACGGCAGGUGUCAUGUCAGUGUACCUGUUCAUGAAGCGAUACACAGCAGAGGAAAUGUACAGGCCCAAUCAGGGCUUCUACAGGCCUCGCCUCAGCAACUGCUCAGAUUACUCUGGCCAGUUUCUCCAUCCGGACGCGUGGGCGGGACGUGGCCGCAGUCCCUCCUCCAUCUCCUCUGAGGCCUCCCUGCAGAUGAACUCCUCCAACUAUCCAGCCCUCCUUAAAUGUCCAGAGUAUGAACAGAUGUCAUCCUCCCCCUGCUGAGGCAUUGGGCCUAUGUGAUAUAGCUCUAUGCUAGCAUCCACUAGGGUUGAUUUUUUUCUGCCCAUAUUUUGGCAUGUCGUCAAAUAAUUUGAUAUCAUCCAUCCUGAAGUCCUCACUUAGGAUGAUUGUAACAUGGCCUGAGUUCACUUUGCUCGCUCAAUCGCUAAAUUGUAGUUAUAAUUUUUGGUUUCGAAGCAAAAAAAAGCAAAACUUAAGACUGUUUUAUGUGUUUCAGAUAAAAGAGGAAGGUUAUAUGAGAUUAUAGUUGAAGCUAACUUGCAAAUAUGCAUGUUAAAUGAAAAAUACAAACAUAUGGAACGCAAGUUUACAUAGAAAGCAUUAACCAAUCGGUAUUUUUGUCCACUUUAAGUGUGGAGGAAACUUUCUCAGGACUGGUAACCCACAAUGUGUAUUUGCUAAGUGAUAUCAUGAUAUUCCUAUUUAAAAUGCACUAAGAGCUGUGCUCUGCUGCUGCACAUAUGAUGUGCGCACCCUUUUUAAGAGCAUGUUUACAUUACGUUCAGAACCCUAUUUCAGUUCAAAUGUAUUAAAGUCCAAACCCUGGGGAGCCAAUACAUUACACACUCAAAAUCAGCUUUAUUUAUACAAUUCUUCCUUUUUUUAUGAGGAAGUUUUUUUUACAGGCUUAUAUGAUGGAAGUGAUGAAAAAGGUUGAUUCAUAUUCAUGUAAAUAUUUAUAAUUUUAAAUCUUAAAAUAUCUCACUGUAAAAUCCUAAAUUAUACAGACUGUUGUUCAACUUCCGGAAAAAAUGUAUUUUUUAGCCUCACUUCACUGAAGUAACA